CUCGGCAAGCUAUGGGCGCUGGUGGGCGACCCAGGCACCGACCACCUGAUCCGCUGGAGCCCGGAGCGACCCCAGAGUGAGUGCGCUAGCCACUGCGUUGACCCGGUGGUGGGCGGGCGCCGCUCAUGGACUCUGGUCUCCACCCGCACCGCGGGCGGGCGGCGUUCUCGGUAGAAUGGGACCAGCUUCCUCGUAAGCGAUCAAAGCCGCUUCGCCAAGGAAGUCCUGCCCCAGUAUUUCAAGCACAGCAACAUGGCGAGCUUUGUGCGCCAACUCAACAUGUAUGGUUUUCGGAAGGUGGUGAGCAUCGAGCAGGGUGGCCUACUUAGGCCGGAGCGCGACCACGUCGAGUUCCAGCACCCAAGUUUCGUGCGCGGCCGAGAGCAACUACUGGAGCGAGUGCGGCGCAAGGUGCCGGCGCUGCGCGGCGAAGACGGUCGCUGGCGGCCGGAAGACCUGGGGCGGCUGCUGGCUGAGGUGCAGGCUUUGCGGGGAGUACAAGAGAGCACCGAGGCCCGCCUUCAAGAGCUCAGGCAGCAGAAUGAGAUCCUAUGGCGAGAGCUGGUGACACUAAGGCAGAGCCAUGGUCAACAGCACCAGGUCAUCGGCAAGUUGAUCCAGUGCCUCUUUGGGCCACUUCAGACAGGGUCCAGCAGUGCAGGAACAAAGAGAAAGCUGUCCCUAAUGCUGGAUGAGGGAAGCUUAUGCCCAACACCUGCCAAAUUCAACACCUGUCCCCUUCCUGGUGCCCUCCUGCAGGACCCCUUCUUUAUCCAGUCGCCUUCUUACUUACAGCCCUUCCCCGAGACUACCUUGGGCCUCAGCCCUCACAGGGCCAGGGGCCCUAUCAUCUCUGACAUCCCAGAAGACUCUCCAUCCCCUGAAGGGCCCAGGCCUUCUUCUUCUGGUAGUGGCAGGAGGGAGAAGGGCCUGGCACUGCUCAAAGAAGAGCCAGCCAGUCCAGGGGGGGAUGGCGAGGCCGGGCUGGCCCUGGCCCCAAACGAGUGUGACUUCUGCGUGACAGACCCCCCACCGCUGCCUGUGGCUGUGGUGAAGGCCAUCCUGGAAGGGAAAGGGAGCUUCAGCCCUGAGGGCCCCAGGAGUGCCCAACAGCCUGAACGGAGGGGCCCCAGGGAGGUACCUGACAGGGGGCCUCUGGACCUGGAGCAAGGGAACCCGAGCCCAGAAGGUCAGCUACCUCCAAUGCUGCUUAGGCCUCCCCCUGAGGGAGUAGAGCCUGCAGUGCCCAUGGAUGUCUUGGGCUCCAGCCUCCAAGGACGUGAAUGGUCCCUCUUGGACUUGGACAUGGCACUGUCCCUGGUGCAGCCCUUGGUUCCCGAGAGGGGUGAGAGGGGCGAGGCUGAGCUGGCAGUCAAAGGAUUAAAUUCUCCAACUCCAGGAAAGGAUCCCACACUGGGGACUCCACUCCUGUUGGAUGUCCAGGCAGAUUUGGGAGGCCCAACCCUUGCUGUGCCAGGGGCGUUAGCCAUUUACAGCACCCCUGAGAGCUGGGCUUCCUACCUGGGCCCAGGGGCCAGUCCCUCCCCCUGAGACCCAUACAUCUCUGAAGUGCCCUACCUGAGGAAUCAUCUUUCAACAGCAUACCUACUUUGGCUUCCUGAUGCCCCCUGGGGGGGUGAGCGGGAAGCCCCCUCUACUGGCAACCUCUCUCCUUCACCCUGCACAUAAACUGCAUUCCCCUCCUCU